AUGGUGGACGUGGAGGCACUACGAGCUAUCCAUGUAGCAGAUGUGAUACAACAGGCCGUGCAAGCGAGACAGGUAUCGUAUUCGCCCUACAGGUACGUUGGUUGUGACUUACGCAGUUCGUUCCGCGUGGGCGCCGCGCUCCUCCUUGAGGAUGGCACCAUCAUUGUAGGCGCCAAUGUGGAAAACGCGUCGUAUGAACGCUCUGCGAUUGUCAAGUGGAAAACCGAGGCUGAGCACAGGAUAAAGCGCAUCAUUGGGGUCGGUGUCAGUGCUGAUACGCCUGAGCCAUGUACGCCCUGUGGCAUAUGUCGGCAAGUGUUGCGUGAAUUUUGUGACCAGGACACACCGGUAUGGAUGCCAUGGAAAGACUGGACACCAGCGCACAGGGAACAAGAGCAUGUCUUGACAUUGACCCUAGCUGAACUUCUACCCAACAGUUUCGGUCCCAAUACAUUGCAUCACCGAACCAGAUAG